GAAAGCCAGGCCAAAGAUGACUCGCUCCACCUUCAUCAAGAUAACGUUGCUCGGCUUAUUGGAUACUGCAUCUUCUUGCCUAGGCUUGAGAAUGUGAAAAUCAGAUCUCUCCACAGCCAAGCUAAGGUGGCUGGGACCAUAGCAACAGUCGCAGGAGCAAUGGUCAUGACACUAAUGAAAGGUCCGUUGCUUGAGUUCUUUUGGAUAAAAGGAAGAGCUUAUCAUGAAAACGGAACUAGUGGGGUUGAUCUCCAUAACUCAAUCAAGGGUGCAGUUAUGAUCACCAUUGGGGAAUGUUCUGGUCAGGACUAG